AUGGACUUGGCAGCAGACAGGGCUCCUGGCCGCCCGUGGCUCCCGCUGCCCACUUUAACGCUAUUUCAGCUCCUUCGGGUCUUUUGGCUGCUGGCGCUGCUCCCGGGGCCCGUCCGGGUCAGCGGGGCGGAGCAGCGCCAGCUGUUCCAGGUGCUGGAGGAGCAACCUCCCGGCACGCUGGUGGGUACCAUCCAGACGCGCCCGGGCUUCACCUACAGGCUCAGCGAAAGCCACGCCCUGUUUGCUAUAAACGGUAGCACCGGGGCCCUGUACACCACUGCGACCAUCGACCGCGAGAGCCUGCCCAGCGACGUGAUCAACCUGGUGGUUCUUUCCAGCUCACCCACCUACCCCACCGAAGUGCGGGUGUUGGUGCGGGACCUCAAUGACAACGCCCCGGUCUUCCCAGAACCCUCGAUUGUGGUCACUUUCAAGGAAGACAGCAGCAGCGGGCGGCAAGUCAUCUUGGAUACCGCCACCGACUCGGACAUCGGCUCCAAUGGCGUUGACCACCGGUCCUAUCGCAUCAUCCAGGGCAACGAGGCGGGUCGCUUCCGCCUGGAUAUCACCCUGAACCCGAGCGGCGAGGGCGCGUUCCUGCACCUGGUGUCCAAGGGCGGGCUGGACCGCGAGGUCACACCGCAGUACCAGCUGUUGGUGGAAGUGGAGGACAAGGGCGAGCCCAAGCGGCGGGGCUACCUGCAGGUAAACGUGAGUGUGCAGGACAUUAAUGACAACCCCCCGGUUUUUGGCAGUUCCCACUACCAGGCGGGGGUGCCUGAGGACGCCGCGGUGGGCUCCAGCGUCCUCCAGGUGGCGGCGGCGGACGCGGACGAGGGCACCAACGCGGAUAUCCGCUAUCGGCUUCAGGACGAGGGGACCCCCUUCCAAAUGGACCCCGAAACGGGGCUCAUCACGGUGCGGGAGCCCUUGGACUUCGAGGCCCGGCGCCAGUACUCGCUUACCGUGCAGGCUAUGGACCGAGGCGUGCCUUCCCUCACGGGGCGUGCCGAGGCGCUGAUUCAACUGCUGGACGUCAACGACAAUGACCCGGUGGUAAAAUUCCGCUACUUCCCCGCCACCUCGCGCUACGCCUCGGUAGAUGAGAACGCGCAAGUGGGCACGGUGGUGGCUCUGCUCACCGUGACGGACGCAGACUCCCCAGCGGCCAACGGGAACAUCUCCGUGCAGAUCCUCGGGGGCAACGAGCAGCGCCACUUUGAGGUGCAGAGGAGCAAAGUGCCGAACCUGAGUCUCAUCAAAGUUGCCAGCGCCCUAGACCGGGAGCGCAUCCCUUCUUACAACCUGACGGUUUCUGUCUCGGAUAACUACGGGGCGCCCCCUGGCGCAGCGGUCCAGGCGCGCUCUUCCGUGGCGAGUUUGGUGAUUUUCGUUAAUGACAUCAAUGACCACCCUCCCGUGUUUGCCCAGCAAGUGUACAGAGUGAACCUGAGCGAGGAGGCGCCCCCGGGAAGCUAUGUGAGUGGCGUGUCCGCCACUGACGGCGACUCUGGUCUCAAUGCUAACCUGCGUUACAGCAUCGUCUCUGGUAAUGGCCUGGGUUGGUUCCACAUCAGUGAACACAGCGGUUUGGUGACCACUGGGCUUGCCGGGGGCUUGGACCGUGAACUUGCUUCCCAGAUCGUACUGAAUAUCAGUGCUCGGGACCAGGGGGUUCACCCCAAGGUCUCCUAUGCCCAGCUUGCUGUGACUCUGCUGGAUGUGAAUGAUGAGAAGCCAGUGUUUAGCCAGCCAGAAGGAUAUAAUGUGUCUGUGGUUGAGAAUGCCCCUACUGGGACUGAACUACUGGUGCUUGGGGCCACCGAUGGGGACCUGGGUGACAAUGGGACAGUGCGAUUCUCCCUGCAGGAAGCUGAGACCGACCAGAGGUCCUUUCGCCUGGAUCCUGUGUCUGGGAGGUUGAGUACUAUCUCCUCUUUGGACAGGGAGGAACAAGCUUUCUACUCCCUGUUGGUGCUGGCCACAGAUCUGGGGUCCCCUCCCCAGUCAUCAAUGGUUCGCAUAAAUGUGAGCCUCCUGGAUAUUAACGACAACAGCCCUGUGUUCUACCCAGUCCAAUACUUUGCUCAUAUUCAGGAGAAUGAGCCUGGAGGUAGCUACAUCACCACCGUGUCUGCCACUGACCCAGACUUGGGUCUCAAUGGAACCAUCAAAUAUAGUAUAUCAGCUGGGGACAGGUCUCGGUUUCAGGUCAAUGCUCAGAGUGGGGUUAUUUCUACAAGAAUGGCCCUAGACAGAGAAGAAAAAACUGCUUACCAGUUGCAAAUAGUGGCUACUGAUGGUGGCAAUUUGCAGUCUCCCAACCAGGCGAUAGUAACCAUCACUGUGUUGGACACUCAAGACAACCCGCCUGUAUUCAGCCAGGCUGCCUACAGCUUCGUGGUCUUUGAGAAUGUGGCCCUGGGAUAUCAUGUGGGUAGUGUGUCCGCAUCCACCAUGGAUCUCAAUUCCAACAUCAGUUAUCUCAUUACUACCGGGGAUCAGAAAGGUAUGUUUGCUAUCAACCAGGUUACUGGGCAGCUUACCACAGCAAGUGUGAUUGACAGAGAAGAGCAAUCCUUUUAUCAGCUAAAAGUAGUAGCCAGUGGGGGCACAGUGACUGGAGACUCUAUGGUUAAUAUAACAGUUAAGGAUUUGAAUGACAACUCUCCCCAUUUCCUUCAGGCAGUAGAGAGUGUGAAUGUGGUUGAAAAUUGGCAGGCAGGUCACAGCAUUUUCCAAGCCAAAGCUGUGGACCCCGAUGAAGGUGUCAAUGGGAUGGUACUCUAUAGCCUGAAGCAAAACCCCAAGAAUCUCUUUACUAUCAAUGAAAGGAAUGGUAAUAUUAGUCUGCUAGGACCCCUGGAUGUUCAUGCUGGUUCCUACCAGAUAGAGAUCUUAGCAUCUGAUAUGGGUGUUCCCCAGCUCUCCUCUAGUUUCAUCUUAACAGUGUAUGUCCAUGAUGUAAAUGACAACCCACCAGUGUUUGACCAGCUUUCUUAUGAGGUCACCCUUUCUGAGUCAGAACCUGUGAAUUCUCGAUUCUUUAAAGUGCAAGCUUUUGAUAAGGAUUCAGGAGCAAAUGGUGAAAUUGCGUACAGCAUUGCUGAAGGCAAUACCGGGGAUGCUUUCGGCAUAUUCCCAGAUGGUCAAUUGUAUAUAAAAAGUGAACUGGACCGUGAACUUCAAGACAGAUAUGUUUUACUGGUUGUUGCUUCUGACAGAGCUGUGGAACCCCUUAGUGCUACUGUGAAUGUUACUGUAAUUUUAGAAGAUGUAAAUGAUAACAGACCUCUUUUUAACAGUACCAAUUACACAUUUUAUUUUGAAGAAGAACAGAGACCUGGGUCGUUUGUGGGCAAAGUAAGUGCCGUAGAUAAAGACUUUGGGCCAAAUGGAGAAGUAAGGUAUUCUUUUGAAACGGUGCAGCCAGAUUUUGAGUUGCAUGCCAUUAGUGGGGAAAUUACAAAUACCCAUCAGUUUGACAGGGAGUCUCUUAUGAGGCGGAGGGGGACUGCGGUGUUUAGCUUUACAAUCAUCGCAAUAGAUCAGGGGCUCCCUCAGCCUCUUAAAGAUCAGGCCACGGUACAUGUUUACAUGAAGGAUAUAAAUGAUAAUGCUCCCAAAUUUUUAAAAGACUUUUACCAAGCAACAAUAUCAGAGUCAGCAGCCAACCUGACACAGGUUUUAAGAGUAUCUGCCUCAGAUGUUGAUGAAGGUAAUAAUGGACUUAUUCACUAUUAUAUAAUAAAAGGAAAUGAAGAAAGACAGUUUGCUAUAGACAGCACCUCUGGUCAGGUGACACUGAUUGGCAGAUUAGACUAUGAAGCCACACCUGCCUAUUCCCUUGUAAUUCAAGCAGUGGAUUCAGGAGCAGUCUCCCUCAAUUCAACCUGUACCUUAAAUAUUGAUAUUUUAGAUGAAAAUGACAAUACCCCUUCUUUCCCUAAGUCAACAUUAUUCGUUGAUGUUUUGGAAAACAUGAGAAUCGGUGAACUCGUGUCCUCUGUUACUGCAACUGAUUCAGAUUCAGGUGACAAUGCUGACUUACAUUACAGCAUCACUGGGACUAACAACCAUGGAACUUUCAGCAUUAGCCCAAACACUGGGAGUAUUUUUCUUGCCAAAAAAUUGGACUUUGAAACACAGUCUUUGUACAAAUUAAAUAUAACAGCAAAAGACCAAGGAAGGCCUCCUCGUUCAUCUACAAUGUCGGUGGUUAUACAUGUGAGAGACUUCAAUGACAAUCCUCCUACCUUUCCUCCUGGGGAUAUUUUCAAGUCUAUUGUUGAGAACAUCCCCAUUGGAACAUCUGUCAUUUCUGUGACUGCACAUGACCCCGAUGCAGACAUUAAUGGGCAACUCUCCUAUACAAUCAUCCAGCAGAUGCCACGGGGCAACCACUUUGGCAUAGAUGAAGUCAAAGGCACUAUCUAUACUAAUGCUGAGAUAGAUCGGGAAUUUGCUAACCUCUUUGAGUUAACUGUUAAAGCCAGUGAUCAAGCUGUGCCUAUAGAAACUAGACGGUAUGCUUUGAAAAACGUGACUAUUUUGGUCACAGACCUCAAUGACAAUGUCCCAAUGUUUAUAUCACAAAAUGCCCUGGCUGCAGACCCUUCGGCUGUGAUUGGUUCUGUUCUGACCACAAUCAUGGCUGCUGACCCAGAUGAAGGGGCGAAUGGAGAGGUGGAGUAUGAGAUCAUCAAUGGUGACACAGACACCUUCAUUGUGGAUCGCUAUAGUGGAGACCUGAGAGUGGCUUCAGCGCUGGUGCCUUCUCAGCUGAUCUAUAAUCUCAUAGUUUCAGCCACAGACCUUGGCCCUGAAAGGAGGAAAUCAACCACUGAAUUGACCGUCAUUCUUCAGGGCCUUGAUGGACCUGUUUUUACGCAACCCAAAUAUAUAACCAUUUUGAAGGAGGGAGAACCCAUUGGCACCAAUGUGAUAUCAAUAGAAGCAGCUAGCCCUAGAGGAUCUGAAGCCCCAGUGGAGUAUUAUAUUGUCUCAGUCCGUUGUGAGGAAAAAACUGUUGGACGGCUCUUUACUAUUGGACGACGGAGUGGCAUCAUUCAGACUGCAGCCAUACUGGACCGGGAGCAAGGAGCAUGUCUUUACCUGGUGGAUGUUUAUGCCAUAGAAAAGUCAACUGCUUUCCCCAGAACACAGAGAGCAGAGGUAGAAAUAACACUUCAAGAUAUCAAUGACAAUCCACCAGUGUUCCCAACAGACAUGCUGGAUCUCACAGUGGAGGAGAAUAUAGGAGAUGGUUCUAAGAUUAUGCAGCUGACAGCCAUGGAUGCUGAUGAGGGUGCAAAUGCUCUUGUCACAUAUACAAUCAUCAGUGGAGCCGAUGACAGUUUCCGAAUUGACCCUGAAUCUGGAGAUCUGAUAGCUACCAAGAGACUGGACAGAGAACGUCGUUCCAAAUAUUCCUUGCUGGUUCGUGCGGAUGAUGGUCUUCAGUCGUCAGAUAUGAGAAUAAAUAUUACUGUCAGUGAUGUGAAUGACCACACACCCAAGUUCUCCAGGCCUGUGUACUCUUUUGACAUCCCAGAAGACACAACCCCAGGUUCUUUGGUAGCAGCUAUUUUAGCUACAGAUGAUGACUCUGGUGUGAAUGGAGAAAUUACAUAUAUUGUGAAUGAAGAUGAUGAAGAUGGCAUAUUUUUCCUGAAUCCAGUUACUGGAGUCUUUAAUUUGACUCGAAUGUUGGAUUAUGAAGCACAGCAAUAUUAUAUCCUCACUGUUCGGGCUGAAGACGGCGGGGGACAAUUUACUACCAUCAGGGUUUACUUCAACAUACUAGAUGUAAAUGAUAACCCACCCAUUUUCAGCUUGAAUUCAUACAGCACAUCUUUAAUGGAGAAUCUACCUCUAGGAUCUACUGUUCUUGUGUUGAAUGUUACCGAUGCAGAUGAUGGCAUUAACUCCCAGUUGGCUUACAGCAUUGCUUCUGGUGAUAGCCUUGGGCAGUUUACAGUUGACAAGAAUGGGGUAUUGAAAGUUCUAAAACCUUUGGACCGGGAGAGUCAGUCCUUCUACAAUCUGGUUGUUCAAGUGCAUGACCUGCCACAGCUCCCAGCCUCCAGGUUCACAAGCACUGCUCAAAUCUCCAUUAUUUUGCUGGAUGUCAAUGAUAACCCCCCAACCUUUCUUUCCCCUAAAUUGACCUACAUUCCAGAAAAUACACCUAUUGAUACCAUUGUUUUCAAAGCACAAGCAACUGACCCAGACAGCGGCCCAAACUGCUACAUUGAAUACACCCUACUGAACCCUUCGGGAAAUAAGUUCACUAUCGGGACCAUCGAUGGAGAAGUAAGGCUCACUGGAGAGCUAGACAGAGAGGAGGUUUCCAAUUAUACGCUCACGGUGGUGGCUACGGACAAAGGUCACCCAUCUCUGUCUUCAUCUACAGAGGUGGUAGUUAUGGUACUUGACAUCAACGAUAAUAACCCUGUUUUUGAACAGGCCAUGUAUAAAGUGGAGAUUAAUGAAAAUACACUUACUGGAACGGAUAUAAUACAAGUAUUCGCGGCAGAUGGAGAUGAAGGUACAAAUGGACAGGUCCGCUAUGGCAUUGUUGAUGGUAAUGCCAAUCAGGAAUUUCGGAUCGACUCAGUCACAGGGGCAAUCACCGUGGCUAAGCCUUUGGAUCGCGAGAAGACACCUACUUACUCUUUAACUGUUCAGGCAACAGAUCGGGGCAGCACCCCCAGAACUGAUACCUCUACCGUCCGCAUUGUUCUACUGGAUGUUAAUGAUUUUGUCCCCAUAUUUGAGCUAUCUCCAUAUUCUGUAAAUGUCCCUGAGAAUCUGGGAACAUUACCCAGAACAGUUCUUCAGGUGGUGGCAAGAGAUGAUGAUCAAGGUUCCAACAGCAAACUCUCGUAUGUUCUAUUCGGUGGUAAUGACGACAAUGCUUUUACUCUCUCAGCUAAUGGAGAACUUCGAGUAACACAGAGUUUGGACCGUGAAACAAAGGAACAUUUUGUCUUGCUGAUCACAGCUACAGAUUCAGGAUCCCCUGCCCUGACCGGAACUGGAACAAUCAAUGUCAUAGUGGAUGACAUCAACGACAAUGUCCCCACUUUUGCCAGUAAAAUGUAUUUCACAACAAUUCCUGAAGAUGCACCAACUGGGACAGAUGUUAUAUUGGUAAAUGCCUCAGAUAUUGAUGCUUCAACCAAUGCGGUUAUCAGUUAUAGGAUCAUUGGUGGAAAUUCUCAGUUCACCAUCAACCCAUCCACAGGACAAAUCAUCACCAGCGCAUUGCUAGACAGGGAAACAAAAGAGAAUUAUACUUUAGUGGUUGUUGCCAGCGAUUCUGGGUCCCCGGAACCUCUUUCCAGUUCCAGCAGUGUGCUCGUCACAGUGACUGAUGUCAAUGACAACCCACCAAGAUUUCAGCAUCACCCGUAUGUCACACACAUCCCAUCUCCUACUCCGCCAGGUUCCUUCGUCUUUGCAGUUACUGUCACGGAUGCUGAUAUUGGACUGAAUUCUGAACUCCAUUAUUCUCUUUCGGGUAGAAACUCUGAGAAAUUUCACAUUGACACCCUGAGAGGAGCUAUUAUGGCAGCCGGACCACUAAAUGGCACUUCAGAAGUGACAUUUUCUGUCCACGUAAAAGAUGGUGGCUCAGUCCCAAAAACAGAUUCUACAACAGUGACUGUUCGAUUUGUGAACAAAGCAGAUUUCCCUAAAGUCAAAGCCAAAGAACAGACUUUCAUGUUUCCUGAAAACCAACCAGUAGGCACUCUUGUCACUACUGUAACAGGGUCCUCCUUGAGAGGAGAACCUUUGUCCUAUUAUAUUGCAAGUGGCAAUCUUGGCAACACACUCCAGAUUGAUCAGUUAACAGGACAGGUUUCCAUAAGUCAGCCUCUAGAUUUUGAAAAGAUACAAAAAUAUGUUGUAUGGAUAGAAGCCAGAGAUGGAGGUUUUCCUCCUUUCUCCUCCUAUGAGAAGCUUGACAUAACAGUGUUAGAUGUCAAUGAUAAUCCUCCUGUCUUUAAGGAAGAUCCAUUUGUAUCUGAAAUAUUAGAAAACCUUUCUCCUCGAAAAAUACUCACUGUUUCUGCAGUGGACAAGGACAGUGGGCCCAAUGGACAGUUAGAUUAUGAAAUCAUUAAUGGCAACAAAGAACAUAGUUUCAGUAUCAAUCAUGCCACUGGCGAAAUUAGAAGCAUUCGACCUUUAGACAGGGAAAAAAUCUCUCAGUAUGUGCUUAUUGUAAAGUCCUCAGACAGAGGCUCCCCUUCUCAGAGUACCUCAGUAAAAGUCAUCAUUAACAUUUUAGAUGAAAAUGAUAAUGCCCCGAGGUUUUCGCAAAUAUUCAGUGCCCAUAUUCCUGAAAAUUCCCCACUAGGGUACACAGUUACACGUGUCACAACUUCUGAUGAAGACAUUGGUGUAAAUGCAAUUAGUAGAUAUUCUAUAAUGGACACAAGUCUUCCAUUUACCAUUAAUCCCAGCACUGGGGAUAUAGUAAUUAGUAGACCUUUAAAUAGAGAAGAUACAGACCGUUACAGAAUCCGAGUUUCUGCACAUGACUCUGGAUGGACUGUAAGUACAGAUGUCACAAUAUUUGUGACAGAUGUCAAUGACAAUGCUCCAAGAUUUAGCAGACCCUCUUAUUAUUUAGAUUGCCCUGAACUUACUGAAAUUGGCUCCAGAGUGACUCAGGUAUCUGCGACAGACCCUGAUGAGGGAUCAAACGGACAAGUGUUUUAUUUUAUAAAAUCUCAGUCAGAGUACUUCAGGAUUAAUGCCUCCACAGGAGAGAUUUUCAAUAAACAGGUCUUAAAAUAUCAAAAUGUCAGUGGCUUCAGCAACGUGAACAUCAACAGACAUAGUUUUAUCGUGACAUCUUCAGAUCGAGGUAAUCCUGCAUUACUUAGUGAGACAACAGUUACCAUAAACACAGUGGACAGUAAUGACAAUGCACCACAAUUUCUUAAAACUAAAUAUUUUACUCCAGUCACCAAACAUGUUAAAGUUGGAACAAAGUUAAUCAAAGUUACUGCAGUAGAUGAUAAAGAUUUUGGCUUGAAUUCUGAAGUGGAGUAUUUCAUUUUGAACGAGAAUCAUUUGGGAAAAUUUAAGUUAGACAAUAAUACAGGGUGGAUUUCAGUAGCAGCUCCCCUGACAUCUGACCUGAAUCAAAACUUUUUGAUCACUGUCACUGCAAAAGAUAAGGGGAACCCUCCACUUUCAUCCCAAACAACUGUUCAAAUAAUUGUAACGGAGGAAAACUACCACACACCUGAAUUCUCUCAAAAUCACAUGAGUGCAACCAUCCCUGAAAGCCAUAGUGUCGGAGCCAUUGUUAGAACUGUUUCUGCAAGAGAUAGAGACACAGCUAUGAAUGGCUUGAUUAGGUACAGUAUUUCCUCAGGAAAUGAAGAAGGCAUCUUUGCAAUCAAUUCCUCCACAGGUGUAUUAACACUCGCCAAAGCCCUUGAUUAUGAGCUCUGCCAGAAGCAUGAGAUGACUGUUAGUGCCACAGAUGGAGGAUGGGUCUCAAGGACUGGUUACUGCAGUGUGACUGUAAAUGUGAUUGAUGUGAAUGACAAUUCUCCAGUAUUUCUCCCUGAUGAAUAUUUCCCCACUGUUUUGGAAAAUGCCCCCAGUGGGACAACAGUUAUCCACCUAAAUGCAACGGAUGCUGACUCUGGCUCCAAUGCUGUGAUUGCCUACACUAUACAGUCAUCUGAUAGUGACCUCUUUGUCAUUGACCCCAACACUGGAGUCGUCACCACUCAAGGCUUCUUGGAUUUUGAAACCAAGCAGAGCUACCAUCUUACUGUGAAAGCUUUCAAUGUCCCCGAUGAGGAGAGGUGCAGUUUUGCCACUGUUAAUAUCCAAUUAAAAGGGACAAAUGAAUACGUGCCUCGUUUUGUUUCCAAACUUUACUAUUUUGAAAUCUCAGAAGCAGCUCCUAAAGGUACUAUUGUUGGAGAAGUAUUUGCCAGUGACCGUGACUUGGGCAGUGAUGGGGAGGUUCAUUAUUUGAUUUUUGGUAACAGUAGAAAGAAGGGUUUCCAGAUCAACAAGAAGACGGGACAGAUAUAUGUGUCUGGACUUCUUGAUAGAGAAAAAGAAGAAAGGGUAUCUUUGAAGGUACUGGCCAAGAAUUUUGGCAGCAUUCGGGGUGCAGACAUAGAUGAGGUCACUGUGAAUGUCACUGUGCUUGAUGCCAAUGACCCCCCCGUUUUUAGUCUAAACAUCUACAGCGUUCAGAUCAGUGAAGGGGUGCCCACGGGGACUCAUGUGACCUUUGUCAGUGCCUUCGACUCAGACUCUGUUCCCAGCUGGAGUAGGUUUUCUUACUUCAUAGGAUCAGGGAAUGAAAAUGGUGCCUUUUCCAUUAAUCCACAGACAGGACAGAUCACCGUUACUGCAGAGUUAGAUCGAGAAACCCUACCCAUCUACAAUCUCACGGUUUUGGCUGUGGAUUCAGGGACCCCUUCUGCUACCGGAAGUGCCUCUUUAUUAGUCACCCUGGAAGAUAUAAACGAUAACGGGCCUAUGUUGACCAUCAGGGAGGGGGAAGUGAUGGAAAACAAACGCCCAGGAACUCUGGUGAUGACCCUUCAGUCCACAGAUCCAGAUCUCCCUCCCAAUCAAGGCCCCUUUACCUACUAUCUGAUGAGCACAGGUCCUGCCACCAAUUAUUUUAGUCUGAACACUGCGGGAGUUCUGAGCACCACCCGAGAGAUUGACAGAGAGCAGAUCUCCGACUUCUAUCUGUCCGUGGUCACCAGGGAUUCUGGCGUGCCUCAGAUGUCUUCCACGGGGACCGUGCAUAUCACAGUCAUAGACCAAAAUGACAACCCAUCACAGUCUCGGACGGUGGAGAUAUUUGUUAAUUAUUAUGGUAACUUGUUCCCUGGUGGGGCUUUAGGCUCCGUGAAGCCACAGGAUCCCGAUGUGUUAGACACCUUCCACUGCUCCCUGACCUCGGGAGUGACCAGCCUCUUCAGUAUUCCGAGGGGCACCUGCGAUCUGAGUUCCCAGCCGAGGUCCACAGACGGCACGUUUGAUCUGACCGUCCUUAGUAACGAUGGCGUCCACAGCACGGUCACCAGCAACAUUCGAGUUUUCUUCACUGGAUUUUCCAACGCAACAGUGGAUAAUAGCAUCCUGUUGCGUCUUGGUGUACCGACCGUGAAGGACUUCCUGACCAACCACUACCUUCAUUUCUUGCGCAUUGCCAGUGCACAACUGACGGGCCUCGGGACCGCGGUGCAACUGUAUGGGGCUUACGAAGGGCACAACAGAACGUUUCUUUUGGCAGCUGUGAAGCGAACCCACAAUCAGUACGUGAAUCCCAGUGGUGUAGCCACCUUCUUUGAAAGCAUCAAGGAGAUCCUCCUGAGGCAGAGCGGAGUGAAGGUGGAGUCUGUGGAUCACGACUCCUGUGCUCCUGGCCCAUGUCAGAACGGAGGGAGCUGUGUCAGGAGGCUGGCCGUGAGCACUGCGUUGAAGAGCCACGAGAGCCUUCCAGUCAUCAUCGUGGCCAACGAACCACUGCAGCCUUUCCUAUGCAAGUGUCUGCCAGGCUACGCGGGCAGCUGGUGUGAAAUUGACAUAGAUGAAUGCCUCCCGUCCCCUUGCCACAAUGCUGGGACCUGUCACAAUUUAGUGGGAGGGUUCUCCUGCAGCUGCCCGGCUGGCUUCACCGGCCGGGCCUGUGAGCGAGACAUCAACGAGUGCCUGCCUAGUCCCUGCAAGAACGGUGCCAUUUGCCAGAACUUUCCAGGAGGCUUCAAUUGUGUUUGCAAAACUGGAUACACAGGGAAAAUGUGUGAAUCUUCAGUCAAUUACUGUGAAUGCAACCCCUGCUUUAACGGUGGUUCCUGUCAAAGCGGUGUGGAGUCCUACUAUUGUCAUUGUCCAUUUGGUGUCUUUGGAAAACACUGCGAAUUGAAUAGUUAUGGAUUUGAGGAGUUAUCAUACAUGGAAUUCCCCAGCUUGGAUCCCAAUAACAACUAUAUUUAUGUCAAAUUUGCAACUAUUAAAAGUCAUGCUUUAUUGCUUUACAACUAUGACAACCAAACAGGGGAUCGGGCUGAGUUUCUGGCCCUUGAAAUUGCUGAAGAAAGAUUAAGAUUCUCUUAUAAUUUAGGCAGUGGUACCUAUAAACUCACCACCAUGAAGAAGGUGUCAGAUGGACAUUUUCACACUGUGAUUGCCCGGAGAGCAGGAAUGGCAGCUUCAUUAACUGUGGACUCUUGUUCUGAGAACCAAGAGGCAGGAUACUGCACUGUUAGUAAUGUGGCAGUUUCAGAUGACUGGACUCUGGAUGUUCAGCCUAAUCGAGUCACAGUUGGUGGUAUUAGAUCACUAGAAUCAAUCCUUCAGAGGAGAGGACAUGUAGAAAGUCAUGAUUUUGUUGGGUGUAUAAUGGAGUUUGCAGUCAAUGGAAGGCCUCUGGAACCCAGCCAAGCUUUGGCAGCACAAGGAAUCCUAGAUCAAUGCCCCAGACUAGAAGGCGCUUGUACUCACAGUCCCUGUCAACACGGUGGCACAUGUACAGAUUACUGGUCAUGGCAGCAGUGUCAUUGCAGGGAAGGACUGACCGGGAAAUAUUGUGAAAAAUCUAUUACCCCGGACACAGCCUUAUCGUUAGAAGGCAAAGGGCGCUUGGACUACCACAUGAGUCAGAAUGAGAAGCGGGAAUAUUUGUUGAGGCAGAGCAUCCGAGGUGCCAUGUUGGAGCCUUUUGGUGUGAACAGUCUGGAAGUAAAAUUCAGGACAAGAAGCGAGAAUGGCAUUUUAAUCCAUAUCCAAGAAAGCAGCAAUUACACUACUGUGAAGAUUAAGAAUGGCAAAGUACAUUUUACAUCGGAUGCUGGAAUUGCGGGCAAAGUAGAGAGAAAUAUUCCUGAAGUCUAUGUUGCUGAUGGCCACUGGCAUACUUUCCUAAUUGGGAAAAAUGGAACAGCCACAGUGUUGUCUGUUGACAGAAUUCAUAACAGAGACAUCAUUCACCCUACUCAGGAUUUUGGUGGCCUGGACGUGCUCACUAUAUCUCUUGGAGGAAUUCCUCCCAAUCAAGCUCAUCGAGAUGCUCAAACAGGGUUUGAUGGUUGCAUCGCUUCUAUGCUGUACGGUGGAGAGAGCCUUCCUUUCAGUGGGAAACACAGCCUGGCCUCCAUUUCUAAGACGGAUCCCUCUGUGAAGAUUGGCUGCCGCGGCCCGAACAUCUGUGCCAGCAACCCGUGCUGGGGAGACCUGCUUUGCGUCAACCAGUGGUUCGCAUACAAGUGCGUGCCCCCCGGGGACUGCGCGUCCCACCCGUGCCAGAACGGCGGCAGCUGUGAGCCAGGCCUGCACUCCGGCUUCAGCUGCGGCUGCCCGGAGUCACACACAGGGAGGACGUGCGAGAUGGCGGUGGCCUGUCUCGGCGUCUCCUGUCCUCUGGGGAGGGUGUGCAAGGCUGGGAGCCCCGGAGGCCACAUCUGUGUCCCAAGCUCGGGCCCCGAGGAGGUCUCCCUGCCCCUGUGGGCCGUGCCCGCCAUCGUGGGCAGCUGCGCUACCGUCCUGGCCCUGCUCGUCUUGGGUCUGAUCCUGUGUAAUCAGUGCAGGGGCAAGAAAGCCAACAGCCCCAAAGAGGAGAAGAAGCCGAAGGAGAAGAAGAAAAAGGGGAGUGAGAAUGUUGCUUUCGAUGACCCGGACAACAUCCCUCCCUAUGGGGAGGAUAUGACCGUGAGAAAACAGCCCGAAGGGAACCCGAAGCCAGACAUCAUUGAGAGGGAAAACCCCUACCUCAUCUACGAUGAGACUGAUCUUCCCCACAACUCAGAAACCAUUCCCAGUGCCCCUCUGGCUUCACCCGAGCAGGAAAUAGAGCAUUACGACAUCGACAAUGCCAGCAGCAUCGCCCCUUCGGACGCCGACAUCAUCCAACACUACAAGCAGUUCCGUAGCCACACCCCCAAAUUUUCCAUCCAGAGGCACAGCCCCCUGGGCUUCGCCAGGCAGUCCCCCAUGCCCUUGGGAGCCAGCAGCUUGACCUACCAGCCUUCCUACAGUCAAGGUCUGAGAUCCAGUUCCCUCAGUCACUCGGCUUGCCCGACUCCCAACCCUCUGUCUCGACACAGUCCAGCCCCUUUCUCCAAGUCCUCCACUUUCUACAGGAACAGCCCAGCGAGGGAACUGCAUCUCCCUAUGAGGGAGGGAAACACUUUGGAGAUGCAUGGUGACGCGUGCCAGCCCGGCAUCCUCAACUACGCCGCGAGGCUGGGAAGGAGAGGCAAGAGUCCUCAGGCCGUGGCGUCGCAUGGCUCUAGACCGGGGAGUCGCCUGAAGCAGCCCACUGGGCAGGUCCCCCUGGAAUCUUCUCCGCCAGUAGGGCUCUCCAUUGAAGAGGUGGAGAGGCUCAACACGCCCCGGCCCAGAAACCCAAGUAUCUGCAGUGCAGACCACGGGAGGUCUUCUUCAGAAGAGGACUGCAGAAGGCCCCUGUCCAGAACGCGGAAUCCGGCGGAUGGCAUCCCGGCUCCAGAAUCUUCUUCUGAUAGUGACUCGCACGAGUCUUUCACUUGCUCAGAAAUGGAGUAUGACAGGGAAAAGCCCAUGGUGUAUACUUCCAGGAUGCCCAAAUUAUCUCAAGUCAAUGAAUCGGAUGCAGAUGAUGAAGAUAAUUAUGGAGCCAGACUGAAGCCUAGAAGGUACCACGGCCGCAGGGCUGAGGGAGGACCCGUGGGCGCACAGGCAGCAGCAACACCGGGGGUCGCUGACAGCACACUGCCCUUGAAGCUUGGGCAGCAAGCAGGGAAUUUCAACUGGGACAGCCUUUUGAACUGGGGCCCUGGUUUCGGCCAUUAUGUAGAUGUUUUCAAAGAUUUGGCAUCUCUUCCAGAAAAAGCAGCAGCUAAUGAAGAAGGCAAAGGUGGCACAACCAAGGCAGCCCCCAAAGAUGUGGAGGCAGAACAGUACGUGUGA